AAAAAAAAAAAAAAGGAAACAGAGGGAAUUAAAGUUUUGUUAUUUAUAGUCACCUUCGAAAUCUUCUAUGGCUCAAUUGGAAAAAUCUUCUGUUGAAAUUAUGGACGCUGAUGUAACGGUUUUGAUGUGAAAUUUUAGUUUUUAUGGUUGGCCAAAACUACCAGUCCAUGCGCUGGAGUCCGGUGCUCUUUACUAGGUUCGCGGUGGCAACCAACCACAUGAAAACCAAACAAAUAAGAGAACGUCUAAGGUGUGCGUAAGGCCGUUUGAUCAAUUUCAACGCGAUGGAUUGCAGGGUGGGCCCACUUUUAACUGCAGCAGCUGGAGAAAGGAAGCGAGCGACACCGUUUCAUUGUCUUUAACCGUUGAAAGCCAGGGGGGACCGAGAGCAUAUUCCCUUCUGCUUAAGUUCAAGGAGACGGCGCGACCAAAUCAUUCUAUUUCUACGCCUUCGCUAGCUUUCACGCUAUUAUUCCUUCUCUCUCUUGCUGAACGUAAUCUUGGACCAGCUAAUUACGCUCAAGCCUUCGAUCACAGAGGAUCAUUUCCGAAGAAAUUAGAGCUGAACACAUCAGUUCCUCAUUUGCAAACACCUGAAAAGUAUAGAACUUGAAUUCUUAGGGUAUACACAGGUUGUCCAUCUUUAGGACUUAGACCUGAUGAUUGAAUGGACAAAAAACGGCAUAUUGCAAUUUUUACCACUGCAAGCCUUCCAUGGUUGACUGGAACUGCUGUCAACCCUUUGUUUCGUGCUGCGUAUCUUGCAAAGGAUGGAGAUAGAAAGGUCACUUUGGUGAUUCCUUGGUUGUCCUUGAAACAUCAAAAGCUAGUAUAUCCCAAUAACAUCACAUUUAGUUCACCCUCAGAGCAGGAAGCACAUGUCCGCCAGUGGCUUGAAGAGAGAAUUCCAUUUGUUGCUCACUUCAGUAUAUGCUUUUAUCCUGGGAAGUUUGCCGUAGAUAAAGGAAGCAUUCUUGCUGCAGGAGAUAUCUCUGAAGUCAUCCCUGAUGAAGAGGCAGACAUUGCCAUCCUUGAAGAGCCUGAGCAUCUAACAUGGUUUCAUCAUGGGAAGAGAUGGAAAACUAAAUUUCGCCUUGUGAUAGGAAUUGUACACACCAAUUAUUUGGAAUAUGUGAAGAGAGAGAAGCAUGGACGAGUGAAAGCAUUUAUGCUUAAAUAUGCUAAUAGCUGGGUUGUUGACAUAUAUUGUCACAAGGUAAUUAGAUUAUCUGCUGCCACCCAGGAUUAUUCUAAAUCCAUUAUCUGCAAUGUUCAUGGAGUGAAUCCUAAGUUCCUUGAAAUUGGCCUGCAAAGUAGGAGGCAUGACUUCACUAAAGGCACUUACUACAUUGGGAAAAUGGUGUGGAGCAAAGGUUACAAGGAGCUGCUUAAACUUCUUCGUGAUCACCAAAAGGAGUUGGCUGGGCUUGAGGUAGAUUUAUAUGGCAGUGGAGAAGACUCUGGUCAAGUUCAGGAAGCUGCUAAAGAAUUGGAACUGGUAGUGAGAGUGAACCCUGGGCGUGAUCAUGCCGAUCCUGUAUUCCAUGAUUAUAAAGUGUUCCUGAAUCCAAGCACUACAGAUGUGGUUUGCACGACCACAGCUGAAGCAUUAGCGAUGGGAAAAAUUGUUAUAUGUGCCAAUCACCCCUCAAACGACUUCUUCAAGCAGUUCCCAAAUUGCCGAACUUAUGAUAACAGCAAUGAAUUUGUGACAGCUGCACGUAAGGCUUUGACUGAACAACCUGCUGAGCUGACUGAUGCACAGAGGCAUGCACUGUCAUGGGAGGCUGCCACCGAACGGUUUCUGAGAGUUGCUGAGUUGGACCAAGCAUCUGCAAUGAAACUGGAAAAAGGUACUUCAAAGAACUUUGCUUCAACAUCUUUCAAUCUAGGAAAAAACAUGGAGGAUGCGUCAGCAUAUCUGCAUUAUGUGGUUUCUGGACUUGAAGUAUCAAGAAGAGCUUUUGGAGCAUUUCCAGGUAGCCUGCAGCCAGAUAAAGAGCAACGCCAGGAGCUAGGACUGGCUAUUCCUGCAGGAAAAUGAGGCUAUUAAAAAAUUAAAAAAAAAAAAGAGAGCUUGUGAUGUGGAUGAAUCAUGUUUCCAGUAGUGAAUGUUGGGGGCAGUUGAAAUAUUAAUGUUUGUUCACAAACUCUUUCUGUAAUAUUCCUUCGCUUUAACCCACUGUAAAACCAUUCUUCCGUUGGUUUAUUUUAAGCUAUUGUCAUAGUGAAGUCAAAUGUCAGGAUUACGGGAAAUGCAAUUCUUAACAGACACUGUUCUCAUGCAA